AUGGUGGUCACGACCCACUUUAUUGAUGAAGAUUGGGUCAUGCAUAAAAGAAUUAUCAACUUUAAAUCUCUAGAUAGUCAUAAGGGAGAAGACAUUGGGCGCACGUUGUUGACUUGUAUUGAAGAGUGGGGUAUCAAUAACGUAAUGACCAUAACCGUUGACAAUGCUAGUGCAAAUGACAAAGCAAUCGAAAUUCUAAUGAAAAAGCUACCAAACUUGUACGAUGGGGGGAAACAAUUACACGUAAGGUGUAUGGCCCACAUCUUUAACCUUAUUUUUAGGGAUGGGUUUGAUCAACAUCAAUCUAGUAUCAAGUGCAUGCAAAAGGUCGUUACAUACAUUACGAAUUCUACACAACAGAUUCAAAGGUUCAAAGAAUGCAUGAAAGAGCUAAAUGUGGAAUCCAAAAAGUUUUUGUGCAAUGAUAGCCCAACUCGAUGGAACUCCACAUACGAGUUAUUGAAGAUUGCGGUGCAGUUGGAGAAGGUUUUUGGCAUGUUUGAAGUCAAAGAUCCUACAUUUGUUCGAGACGUUUUGACCCCCUCAAAAGAAGAUUUCAACAUUUGUAGAGCUAUGGUUGGAUUUCUUGAGAAAUUCAAGGAAUGGGCGGCUAGUCCCCAAUUUUGUUUGAUCGGGAAGGACAUGAUUGAUAAAUACGAUAAGUAUUGGGGCAAUCUUGAAAAAUUAAAUGAUUUUUUGUAUUUUGCGGUCACAUUAGAUCCACGGUUCAAGUUUGAUUUUCUUCAACAAGCUUUUGAGAAGUUGAUUAAGUUGAAGAAUCCACAAAAAGAUCCUAUGCUCAACUCGGAAGUCAUUUUGAAGGCUAAGGUCUUAAUACGGGGUCUUCAACAAAGAUUUGAGAAUUUUUUUUAUUUCUACAAAUCAAAGUUUGACAAUUCCGGCUCUUCUCAAAAUCAAACACAUGGUCAUGAAGAUGUAGUUGUGAUUGAUGAUGAAAAUGACUUCAUGGGUGAUUUAAUAGUACAAACUGAUUACCCAUCAGCAUCAAUGGAAACAGAGUUGACACGAUAUCUACAUGAGCAGUUAGUUAAAUACAAUAAAGAUUUUGAUAUUCUGCUUUGGUGGAAACAAAAUGCAUCUCGUUACCCUAUUAUAUUUUGGGACUGCAAAUCUCUACUGUGGCGUCAGAGGUGGCGAAGCGGGCAGAUAUUGGAUCCAUAUAGAACAAAUUUAUCUGCAAAUAUAGUAGAGGCUUUGGUUUGCACUCAAUAUUGGGUAUGGAAAUCAAGAAAGCAAAUUGUGGACAACAUUGAUGAAAUUUUGAAAGAUGAUAAGGUCGCGAAAGCUUUAGAAGAGGCGAUAAGAACGGAGAUGGAAAGGGAAAACAACCAAUUAAUAUUCUCGAAUAGUUAAUUUAUGUUUGAAAAAUUUUAUUUUGGAUAUUGGAUAAAAACUUAAGAUUCGUAUUUUAAUUUGGGUGUUG